AUGUCUGAAUCAAAUUAUUAUUAGAGAUUUGGAAUAAAUCAAUCAGUUUAUAAUAGUGAGUCACCCAAACAAUUGACUCCUAUACUUAAAAUCAAACACUCAUUAUCUGAUGGGGAUAUAGAUAUGAGAAAGGACAGCUAUGGGAAUUAUAUAAAGCAUGGUCAAAAACAGCAUCGAAUUUAAUUUAGAGAGAAGAACGAAGUGUUUAUAGUCGAAAAUUGGAAAUAAUACAACACUGAUAUGGCAACUCAAGAAUCUCCUUGUCUUUGUACAAUUUUGUGA